CCAGCGUCCACCCUGGUACCUGAGGUACUUGGCACCCGUCUGCGUCAACACCCACCCACAUUAGGUACUCGCACCUACCGACAGGGGACCCCCCCGGUCGCCUUCAUCGACCUUCUCCUGCUCUCCUUACGUAGUGCAUAACUGUACCAUAGUACUCAUACGGACCGCAACCUCCAAAAGCUUUUAUAAGUCUUUUCUAAUCGCCACUUCCCUCCCAUCCACCCCACAAAUCCGCCUACCUUCACCUCAUUUUGCCAUACUCUCAACUCCUCGAUCUUACUUACACAAGACUCCUACUUCUACCCUCAUUGCCAAUCCCACUUAUCGACCGCCAGCGCAAGCAUCACUCGAAGUCCGUCUCCUCUUCGCCCGACCACCGUGUCGUUACACAGUAUGAUGCUGGCUCACAACAGCAACAAUUCCUUGAGACCUCUCCAGUACUACUCCCAACCAUCGUCCUUCGAACCCGGCAACGCGAACUCGAACCACAUCGCUUACGGUAGGAACCACAGCUUUCCCACCGAGGCCGCCGCCUCCGCCUCGACUCUGGACAACAUCCCCGCCGCUGCCGCCGCCGUCGCUGCCUCCCAGAGAUAUAGGGCUCCGGCGGCUCACCCCCUGCAGCAGGCUUUCGACCAAGGGAACACAGGCCAGGGCUUAGGUCAAGUGUCGGAACUGCUACCGCCGGGCGCGUCGUGGAUGCUUCACAGCCAGCAGACUCCCAGGGCUUCGAGUCGCUUCCACCACCGCGAAUCCUCCUAUUCGUCGCUGGGAUCUAACGGGCCAGCCUCGCCAUACAACCCGAACACGUCCAACCCGCACAUCGCCGUCGCCGACUCAGGCCAUGACGGGUACCCUGAGGUGGGCGGCCAGGAGAGCAACUAUUCGUACAACCCGGGCAAGGCGGCGCCCCUGUCGGACGGCUUCUACACCUUGACCAACUUCAACAGCAGCAGUCGGGAGAGCAACAACACCAACAGCGCCAGCGCCAACCACCACGACGCCAUCAAUAACCAACAUUCCCUUCGCGAUGUGACCAUGGCCGACAACUUGUCGGCUCGGCCGAGCCAGCAGCCGCGGCCCCAGCGCAAGAUACGAGGCGGCCGAGGCUUAGGCUCGCCUGCUGAAUUGUCGAUAGGCGGUGGCGGCUCGUCUGCGAAGUCCCAUCCGGUCUCGGUGGCGACCAGUUCAGCUGGUGGUGACUCACCCGCCACUCCCUCGUUGCACGAGGCCGAAGAGGAUAAUCGCAGGCUUAGGACUGUUUUCCACAACAACGUCCCCAAGCUGGACCGCACCUUGACCGACAUCUAUAACGACGAGCUCUACAACCCAAACUUGACCAUCGGAUCAACCUCUCCCUCACCUAAGACCCACCUCGCCAUGUCGCCAAGCAACGACCUGUUCGCCCAGAGGCUCCAGGCAGCGAAUAGUCAGCACCUGAGCGCCGUCCAGUCUCCCGUCUCCAGCACCUCGCGGGACGGCCAGUCACCAUUUCGCCAGGGCUCUCCGUACGCGGCCGCCAUCGGCGAUUUCCCCCAGGUAAACCUAGAUCAAGUGCGACUCGGGUCGGCACGGCAGAUGCGGCAACAACACAAAGCGGAGCGCGACGCCAAGGAACUACAGCAACACAUGGCGCGCAACUCUACGCAGCAGCAAGGCACCCCGAAUACCAUCUCGCCCAAGGAUGCCAUGCUCGAUUUCACCGAGCCGGACGAUGCUUCCGCCAUGCCCUUGUUCCCGCCGCCGCAGGACUCGAGUAGCCACUUCAAACUCGAGGCGCCAAGCAAUAGCGGCAAUGUCGCAACCUCGAGGGGCAUCCCCCAACACUCGAGCCCGCCAUUCCCGACGGUUUCCUCAACGCCCAUCCAGAGCUCGUUCAGCUUUUCUAUGCCUAGCAAUAUCCAGGUAUCACCGCAGUAUUCUUUCGUCGCGCACCGGCAGCACCGAUCCACGCCCACGACAUCCGCAUACUCGCGCGUCAGCUCGGCCGAAGCCAGCAACUCGGACGGCGGCGACGCGCCCGCCCAGAGGCCCGCCGGAGCCAGCGCGGACGGCGGCACGUAUACCUGCACUUACCACGGCUGCACCCUACGGUUCGAGACGCCGGCUCUGCUGCAGAAGCACAAGCGCGAAGGCCAUCGACAAGCCAACUCCCUGCACCACAUCCGGCCGUCGUCGUCGGGCGACAUGUCAGGCAUCAUGUUCAAUAGCCAAGCCGGCCCUCACAGGUGCGACCGGAUCAACCCCAGCACGGGCAAGCCGUGCAAUACGAUGUUCUCGCGGCCCUACGAUCUUACGCGGCACGAGGAUACGAUUCACAACGCACGCAAGCAAAAGGUGCGGUGCGACCUCUGCGCCGAGGAGAAGACGUUCAGCCGAGCAGACGCCCUGACGAGACAUUACCGCGUGUGCCACCCAGAUAUGGAGUUCCCCGGCAAACAUCGGCGACGAGGCGGCACCAGCGUCUGAGCCGGCGGCACGCCCAUCAGCCGCUGGUCUGGGAGGGUUGGGCUCGUGCGACACGGCGGGCGGCCCUCGUCCGGCGGCAGCGCCGGGGACGAAUCCAUUGUCUCACGAAGGCCGGUCGGGCGUGUGGAAGACUCUAGAAGGCGUGCAUGCUCGAUUGGGGUGCAAGUACUUAGCCGGGACGGUACAAGGCGCGGUUACAUGCGGGGGCGUCGACCGGCUUGGGUUACGAGCGUAGCAUCCAG